CUUAAACCCUCCCAAACAAGCAAGGCAUUCUCUGGUUGGCGGUUGCCCACUGAAAGAUUUGGUUGAUGUCCGCCUGGAGCCUUGCAGUGUCUGCAAUGGUAGACAGUCAUGCAGAUUCGGGUGUCAUCUGCAAAGGAAGAUACGGGUGCGAAAAAAAGGAUGCUUGAAAGUAUUAUUAGCAUGUGACUACAUAUUCUUAAUUGCCGUGAUGUCAGCAAUCUCGACUGUAGAUCUUUUGAUCAAACUCGGAGGCAGUGCAAUUACAGAGAAGACACAGCUUGAGACAUUUAAUGAGACUGCUAUAAGCAUUGCGGUGAAAAUGGUCAAGAUGUGUGCAGACAAGGGUCUGAAAUUAAUCCUUGUUCAUGGUGCAGGAUCCUUUGGUCAUCAGCAAGCUAAAAAAUACAAUGUUAAUGGAGGAUGGGUCAAGAAUAACAGUGGGUCACAGGUUAAAUUAGGCUUCUCCCUGACAAGAGUUUCAUGUUUAAAGCUCAAUGCCAAAGUGGUGGAACAAUUAACUAAUGAAGGGUUACCUGCUGUAGGAAUAUCACCAUGCGGCAGGUGGACAACCAAAAAUGAUGAGGUUAUACAGUCAGGAGUGGCUGCUGUGUAUGACCUCUUGAAGGCAGGUUUUAUCCCGGUAUUGCACGGAGACUGUGUUCUGGACACCAUCAAAGGAUCCACCAUCCUUAGUGGUGACACUGUGAUUAAGACACUGUGUAAGGACCUACCAGUGAAGAAAGUGGUUUUUUUGACUGACGUUGCAGGAAUUUUUGACAAACCUCCACAUAGACCAGAUGCUAAACUAUUAUCAAAUAUUAUAGUGGAUAAAAAUGGAAAAAUUGCACAGAAGAUUGCCACAGAUGCACUAAGCUGUGAUGUCACAGGAGGAAUCGAGCUCAAACUAAGCUCAGCUAUAAACAUUGUUGUACAAAACAAGGGAACCAUACCAGUGUUUGUGUGUAAAGUUGGAUCUGAAGCAGCAGAGAAGAUAUGUUUAGAAAAGCAACCCAGUUUGCAUGAUGGUGGGACAGUCAUAACUUUAUCUCAAGAUAAUUAGCUGUUGCUUUUAUAUAAUGUAGGUGCGAUGAUACGACAGUUCAGAUGUUACUCCAAACAGCAGAUAUCCCAAACCCCUCCUUUCAAGUGUAGGCAUUGUACUUCCCACCUCCAGGACUCAAGUAUGGCUAACCGGUUUCCCUGAAUCCCUUCACAAAAUAUUACCCUACUCACACUCCAGUAGCUCGUCAAAUCCCAAUAACCAUUUGUCUCCACCAACAUGCUCACUCAUGUUCCUCGUACUGAUAUUUAUUACGUAUUUUCAUUUUUUUGAUUGAAAUUAAAAAUUUUAUAGCUCAUUCUCUUAUAAUAAUAAUAAUAAUAAUAAUAAUAAUAAUUUAUUAUUAUUAUUAUUAUCACACUGGCCGAUUCCCACCAAGGCAGGGUGGCCCGAAAAAGAAAAACUUUCACCAUUAUUCACUCCAUCACUGUCUUGCCAGAAGGGUGCUUUACACUACAGUUUUUAAACUGCAACAUUAACACAUUUAUUACAGUGCAUACUGUAAUACAUGGUACAGUAAUUUGAAAGGCCAUAGUAUGCACAACAUUUAGGCAUAUAUCAAGCCGCCGCCUUUCAACAUAUUUGUGCUUAUUGACAUGAGGUUAAGAAUAUCAGUUGAGAUACAGUUUAGAAAAUUAUUCACUAAACAUUAACAACAAACUGGAAAAGGUUGAAUGGUACAAUAUAAUAACAAAAAUAAGUUAUUAGUUUACAGUUAGACAUUAUUUAAUAACUGUAGUAAGUGACAGGUUAGAAAUAACAGGAUUAUAUCAUUUAGGCACACAAUACUUGUUUUAGGAGUGCUGUAUGGCCCUAGUGCCUGUUAUGAUUGUAAUAAUAGUACAGUGGAACCUCAGUACUUGAACUUAAUUCUUUCCAGAAGGCUGUUUGAGUGCUGAUCCAUUUCAGUAUCGAACAAAUUCUUCCCAACCAAUUUUCUUUUUGGUUGGCUGUUAUCACUAAUCUUUGUAAGCCCCAUGGUGACUUAUUUAUACAAAUAUAAAAAAAAAUGCGAAGAAACACAAAAUAGUUUACAGCAAAGUUCUGGCAGGUUGUGUUUGUUUGGUAAAGUGCUGAGCUUUGUUCGAGUAGGGAGCUGUUUGAGUACCGAGGUUCCACUGUACUUGUUUUAGCUUUUACUUGAAUUCACUAAGUGUUCAGCAAGUUUUUAUUUGUUAGGUAAGUAGACAUAGAUACAACUAAUGUGAUGUUUUAUUGUGGCAGUGUUUUGCUCUCCAGGAGCUUUGUCAAAGCGUUAUGACUUGGCAGUUACCGGAGAGUAAUAAAAUGUCACAUUGCUUGAUUAGUUGACAAUAAAAUGUCACAUUAGUAGCAUCUGUGUCCUUUUACCUAACAUUUUUGUCAGUAAUUCUACCAUUAUUACUAAGUUUUCAUUUCAUCUGAUAAGUUAUUCCAUAUUUUUGGCCCCUUAAUUUACAUAGAAAUUCUUGGCUAUUCCCAGAAUUUUGUAAAGACUGCGUUUACUCGUAUGCUUCAAAUUCUUCUUUUUUCCUAAAGCUGCCUCUCUAGUGAAGACAUCUGUAUUUUACCUUGGAUACUCUUGUUAACAAAAUCAUAAUAAAACAUUUUGUCCUCUGGACAUUAAAUUUAUAUUUUAUCAAAGUGAUACACUUCAAAACAAUGUAGUUUGAAGCUGUUUACUCUUAUUUUCCAAUUCCUCUAGCCCUCCAUAAUAGUCAUGAAACUGGCCACUACUUUUGGCCAAACUAUAAAUACACAGAAGCAGUGUUUACCUUGUGCUUCAUAAAGACACAAGCAUUAAUUUGAAACUUUUAUUAUCUGGAGAGAGUUUAUCUGGAGAGAGUUCCGGGGGUCAACGCCCCCGCGGCCCGGUCUGUGACCAGGCCUCCUUAGGUCAGUGUCCCAGGAUGCGACCCACACCAGUCGACUAACACCCAGGUACCCAUUUUACUGAUGGGGAACAUAGACAACA